GAGCUGAAAAGCGAUCCUGCUUUAGACAUCGUCUGCGGUUACCUCGACGACUUCUGCGUGGCUGGCGAUUCCGCCGCGACGCUGCGGGCCUUGCUGCUGAUUCAGGAAAGGGCGGCAAGUCUAGGCCUCGAGCUAAACUUGGAGAAGUGCGAGGUCAUCCCCACGGCCGGGCGCAACACGCAAUGCGACCUGUCUGUGUUCCCUGCCGGUGUCCAGCGGAAAGCCGACGGUUGCUUCAAAUUGCUAGGCGCUCCUAUCGGUGGCCAUGAGCACUGUGCAGAGCUUGUGCAGGUGAAGAGAGUGCAGAAGCUGACUACGAUGCUCGACGAGGUGCCCUUGUUGGAGGAUGCCCAGGUUGCCCACAAGUUGCUGUCUCGAUGUUUCGGAGCCUGUAGACUUAUGCAUAACAUGCGGACCACGCGACCUGACUGGAUAACGCGCGGUCUGGAACAGUGCCAGCAGGCCCUCAGGUCGACAUUCCAGAUCUGCACGGGCACAGCGUUGACCGACAGCCAAUGGCAGCAGGCGUCACUCCCCCUGAGCAAGGGAGGGCUUGGAUCCCGGUGCGGCACUUCACACGCUGCUGCGGCCUACCUUGCAUCCCGCAUGGCGACGCGGCACUUGCGCGGUCAGAUCGAUGCUGCCUUCUCUUGGGACGGGGACUGCGAGGGCGGUGCCCUGGCAGCAGCAGUCAACCUGUACAAUGCUGGCGCCCGCCAUGAUCAUCACCUUACAGGCGAGGAUUUGACGUCUGAUGGCUCCUUUCCUGGCCAGCGUGCUCUGUCGAUGAAAGUGGACGAAAAGCUUUUGGACCAGCUGAUCGCUGCAAGCCCAGACGCCCACAAGGCGAGGCUCCUCGCGACUAGCGCGCCUCACGCGAGCGCAUGGCUGCAGGCCCAACCAUGCAGCGCUCUCGGGCAGCGCAUGUCCCACUACGAAUUUGUGGCGGCCUUGCGCUUGUGGUUGGGCUGCCCUGCUUCGAGCAGGGACGACUGGUGCCCGAAAUGCGACCAGGUGAUGGACGCGCAGAGCCUGCACUCGCUCUGCUGCAUGGCGGGUGGCGAUGCGUCAAGGUGCACAACGCUCUGCGUGACCAGGCAGUCCGCGGUGCAAGGAGCCGCCGCCAGACAGCUGAGCGCUGCUACGUCGUACGAGGCAGCAGAGCUUGCAGACAGUGAUACUGUUUUACGCUGUGAGCAAUUAGGCAUCCGCCUCGUCCCUAUGGUCGCGGAGUCCUUCGGCGGAUGGGGCGCGAUGGCACAAGACGUGUUCCGAAGCCUGAUUCAUGCCCGCGCAGCGCGCAGUGGCGAGACG